AACCACACAGUGACGCGAGCGGGAGAGUGAGGACGACAUUUAGUGCAUGGCUUAUUCGGUGUGCUGGGGGUACUGCUUCUUGCCCUUGAGCUGCAUUUCGCCCAGAUGCUCCAAGUUUUUCUGAAUCGCUUCCGACGUGCGACUGUGGAAGCGCCAGUGGCCGUCGACGUAGACGACGACGUCGGUCCACUUGACGAUCAAGACCGGGUUCGAUUUCCAGAACAUGACAGUGUACGACGUCGCGGUCGCUUCCUUCUCCGACACGAACGAGACGAAAUGGCCUUGCGGAAUGUGCGAUGCUUCCGCGAGAAACUCGAGGCCAAACAGUUCCUCCAGCGACCGACGAAUCUCGUCGUGGCCGCGCGAUUGCCCGACAAAGUCGUCGUUCAACGACGCAUCUUCCGUGAACAGGUUCAACAGCUGCGUCGGGCUGCCAUUGUUCGUCCCAAACAAGAACGCGUACUCAUUGACGAGGUUGACUACCGCCGCCAAGUUGUGGGUGUGUUCCGCCAUGGUCGUUGGGUGUCGUGGCGAUCUUGAAGUGGGCGAG